AUGCGCCCUUCUAUUCUCCUCGCUGCUGUGGCAGCGGAGUCCAUCCGAGCAAUCCUUCCCCGCGCGACAGUCGACUGCCCUUCCUGCCUUGGCCUCCUUUCCCAGCUGCAGCCGCUGGCAAAGUCCAGCACCGACGCGCUCGUCGUCCAACUGACCGGACUUUGCAUCCAGCUGGGCGCCGCCCCGGCCGAUGUCUGCAGCGGCGUCGUCAAUGGCGCGGGCCCCGUCCUCGCGACAGCCCUCCGACAGAUCAACGUCACCGGCCCGACAGGCGAGCGCCUGUGUGGAGCGCUGAUGAAUGUCUGCACGACCAAAACACCCGUGCCCUUUACCGUUCCGUUCCCCAAGCCGCCACCGGUGCAUCCCAAGGUCUGGAAAUCACGGGGCCGGGUGCCGUUCCGCGUGGCGCAUCUUAGCGACGUCCACAUUGACCGGGGGUAUACCCCGGGCGCCGACGCAAACUGCACCAAACCACUUUGCUGUCGCGUCUUCCCAGACUCGCCGCCCACACCCAGCGCACCGGCGGGCCCGAAUGGCAACGCGCACUGUGAUAGCCCCGUGUCGCUGGCGGAGUCGAUGCUGGCCGCAGUUGAGCACCUCCAGCCGCGCUUCUCAAUCUUCACGGGCGACGUCGCGGAGCGCUUGGUAUGGCUUGUUAACCAAUCCGAUGUCUCGACAGACCUCCAUGACUUCAACGUGGAGAUGGCGCGGACGCUGUCCGCGCCUGUCUUCCCCUCCGUUGGCAACCACGACACAUCUCCGGUCAAUCUUUUUGCAAGGAGCACGUCCAACACCGUCAACAAUUCGCAGUGGGUCUUCGACAUCGAUGGCCGCGACUGGGCACGUUGGAUCCGGCCUGCUGCUGCCUCUCAAGUCACGCAUCAUUCAGGGAGCUACUCGGCCCUCGUGCCGGGUACGCAACUGCGUAUUCUUGCGCUCAAUACACAAUAUUGGUACAUUCAGAACUUUUGGCUAUACGACAGCGACACAUUUCAACCGGACCCAAAUGGCCUGUUCUCGUUUAUGGUCUCCCAGCUCCAACAAGCGGAGGAUGCGGGCGAGCGUGUUUGGAUUGUGCAGCACAUCCCGAGUGGGGGGAGUGAUUUCUCCGUCGACUCGUCGAAUCAUUACGAUCAGGUGCUGCAGCGCUACAAGCACACCAUCGCGGGGCUGUUCUUCGGGCACACCCACGGCGACCAGUUCCAAAUCGCCUACUCAAAUUAUAGCGCGCGGACGGCGGAGAAUGCAGUUUCUGUGGCGAUGAUUGGCCCAUCUUUGACGCCAAACAGCGGGAAUCCUGCGUUCAAGCUGUACGAAGUGGACCCUGACACGUACGAGUUGCUGGAUUCUACGGUGUACUUCACCAACACCUCGGACGGCGCCUUUCAAAGCUCCCCGACAUGGGCUCCGCUGUACUCCGCGCGCGCAGCCUACGGUCCCCUCGUGGACCCGCCGCUCCCGAAAAACGCGCCGCUCGGCCCGGUGUUCUGGCACAACCUCACCGUCGCGUUCCUCGCCAAUCAGCCGCUGUUUGAUGCGUACAUUGCACGGAUCAGCCGCGGCGCGUCAGCGUCGGUGUGCAGCGACGCUGACGGGUGCAGGAACAGGACGGUGUGUGACUUGCGUGCGAUGCGCAGCCAGGAUAAUUGUGAUGUCCCCACGCCGGGGUUUUCGUUGCGAAGGCGGAUGGAGGGCGAAGACAGCGGGCUGGUGGAGACGAAGUGUGAGGGGGUUGGGUUGGCGGACGUCUUUCGGGCGAUGGCGGGAUGGGCUUAG